AUUCAAUAUUCUGUACAUCCUCAUCAACAGCCAUCGACCCUCCAACAACCAAUCUACCACCCGUGACCGCAACCAUGACCUCCAAAUACGCCGCUGCCCAUGCAUCCCCCAACGGCCCAGGCGACGCCCGUCCCACGGCGCAGACCAUCAUCGACGAUCAAAACCUCCGCGACAAGCUCACGGGCAAAACCAUUCUGAUCACAGGUUGCUCCUCGGGGAUCGGCGUGGAGACCGCGCGCGCCCUGCACACGACCGGCGCGACGCUCUACCUGACGGUGCGCGACACCGCGAAAGCGAUCAAGAACCUGGGCGACAUCGCCAGCAGCCCCCGGGUGCGUCUCCUGCACCUGGACCUCGACUCGCUGGACUCCGUGCGCGCCUGCGCGGCAGACCUGCAGUCGCGCACCAGCGCCCUGCACAUCCUGAUCGCGAACGCGGGCGUGAUGGCGUGCCCCGAGGGCCGGACGGCGGACGGGCUCGAGGUGCAGUUCGGCAGCAACUACGUGGCCCACUUCCUGCUGUUCCAGCUGCUGAAGCCGCUGCUGCUGGCGUCGUCGACGCCCGCGUUCCACUCGCGCGUUGUCAUGGUGUCGUCCGUGGGCCAUCGGUUCGGCAACGUCCACCUCGACAAUCUGAACUUGGAGGGCGGGGAGUACGAGCCCUGGAAGGCGUACGGGCAGAGCAAGACCGCUGUGGUCUGGCUGGCCAAUGAGAUCGAGCGGCGGUACGGGGCCCAGGGCCUCCAUGGUCUCAGUCUGCACCCCGGCGGCAUCCAGACCGACCUGGCGCGCCACAUGUCCGAGGACCAGAUUGCGGCGUGGAAUGCCGAUCGCGAGUUCAUGCGCCACUUCAAGAGUCCCGCCCAGGGCGCCGCCACGACCGUUGUGGCGGCUGUCGCGGCGGAGCUGGAGGGACAGGGUGGGAAAUAUCUGGAUAAUUGCCAGGUGGUGACGGAUGAGCACGACCCGGCUAGCGGGAGGUGGGGCCCUGGGUAUGCGUCCUGGGCGUUUGAUGUGGAGGGGCAGAAGAAGCUGUGGGAGAAGACGAUGGAUAUCCUUCAGCUGCAGGAUGAGUGA